ACCACCUUUUAUGGGGGACUGAAGACCGACAACUGGCCAAACGUGCACCUGCUGAGACACACCCCGUCUUUAGACUCUGCGUGCCGAUCGCAGCUCCUUUCCGCGAGCUACCUCCCCAACACUUUAAAAUCCGGGAUUCCCGUUCGAGCCUCUCGGCGCUCUACUGGAAAGACUCAAGAUUCGCACUCCCUUCUAUGGAAUGAACUACUGGGGCUGCGGAAUUGCAGCUGCGCCUUUCGCAGCUCGAACUGCGCAUGCGCAGGGACAGCCAACCAAGAAGGCGGAAGAGCAGGUCCCUGAGACUUGGGGCGAGUCGAAGGCGGAGAGUAUUUUAACCAAUGACUUGAAGGGGUACGGUGGGCGGGUGCAACCCGCAGUUGCUCAACGCUGCCCGAGCGGGAGGAGAUUUAAGAGAUGGGAUGGAGGAUGGUUCAAAGGUUCUUUACGUCACCAUUCUUCUGACCCACGGAAGUUAACCAAUCGUGAGGCGGGCCUAGGACCGGAAGCAGGAAGGAGGGCGCAGGAAACAGGGCGCCGUAGCCAGUCGUAUUGUGGAGGUGUGGGUUUGUCGGUGCCGAGGGAGGCAUGGAGAAGCUGCGGCUCCUGGGCCUCCGCUACCAGGAGUAUGUGACUCGUCACCCGGCCGCCACGGCCCAACUGGAGACGGCAGUGCGGGGCCUCAGUUACCUGCUCGCAGGUCGCUUCUCCGAUUCGCACGAGCUGUCAGAGCUGGUGUACUCUGCCUCUAACCUGCUCGUGCUGCUCAAUGAUGGGAUCCUACGGAAGGAGCUUCGGAAAAAGUUGCCUGUGUCACUGUCCCAGCAGAAGCUGCUGACAUGGCUGAGCGUGCUGGAGUGCGUGGAGGUCUUCGUGGAGAUGGGGGCCACCAAGGUGUGGGGCGAAGUGGGCCGUUGGCUUGUCAUUGCCCUCAUUCAAUUGGCCAAGGCUGUCCUGCGGAUGUUCCUGCUGAUCUGGUUCAAGGCUGGCCUCCAGACCUCACCCCCCAUUGUUCCGCUGGACAGGGAGACCCAGGCACAACUCCCAGACGGGGACCACAGCCCAGGCAGCCAAGUGCAGUCCUAUGUGGGGAAGCGGUCAAACCGAGUGCUGCGAACCCUCCAGAACACUCCGUCCCUACACUCAAGGCACUGGGGAGCCCCCCAGCAGCAGCAGGAGGAGGAGGAACUGAACACCCCUGCAACACCCCUGGGCCUACAGGAGACCAUUGCAGAGUCUUUGUAUAUCACCCGGCCCCUGCUGCACCUGCUUAGUCUGGGCCUCUGGGGUCAGCGGUCAUGGACACCCUGGCUGCUGUCAGGUGUUGUAGAUGUGACUAGCCUGAGCCUCCUGAGCGACAGGAAGGGCCUGACCCGGAGGGAGCGGCUGGAACUGCGCCGCCGGACCAUCCUGCUGCUGUACUACCUGCUGCGCUCCCCGUUCUACGACCGCUUCUCUGAGGCCAAAAUCCUCCUUUUGCUCCAGCUGCUGGCAGAUCAUAUCCCCGGUGUGGGUCUAGUGGCGAGUAAGUAUGGGCGGGGGCAUGUGGUUAUGGAGUGUCACCAGUGGCAGAUGGCAUGUGGCCCCACCUCACUGUUUGCUCUCUGUAUCACAGUCAGGAGGGAGCCAACCCUCAGUGUUGGGCAGGUGAUGGCUUUGAGUCCUGAGCCAGGGUGGCCUGUGGAGCUGGGGUUGUGGGGGAAAGAGAGUGUCCUGUGGUGGGGAGUUGUUAGGCCAUGUCAGCCUGGAAGCCUUUGUCCUGCCUCAGUGUCCUGAGGUAAUAGAAGACCAUCUCAUCUGGUGGAGGCUCCUAGGACAGGGAAGGAACUUGCCAAUCUGUUUGGAUGUCCUACCCCAGCAGAGGGUGACUAGUUGGACAAGUCUUGGCUUCUCUGAGCCUGAGGAUCCUUGUCUUCUAGUUAGGGAAGAGGGUGAGGAGACCCAGUGGCCACCUGCAGUGCACAAGUAUGAGCAGCUAGACUGGGCCAUAGGGGCUGUGGUGGGGACAGAGCAGGACUGGCCUUGGCCCUGACUUGUUCCUCGCUCUCAUUGCAGGGCCACUCAUGGAUUACUUGCCCACCUGGCAGAAAAUUUAUUUCUACAGUUGGGGCUGACAGACAUCCUGGGAGUGGGGUGCUGGGAGGGGCAGGGUGGCAUGCUAUGCUGCUGUGGGCAGCCCUGUAGUCCUCAGGGCCCCUCAUCCUUAAUAAAAGUGACUCUGGCAGUGUCCACGUAUACAGUCUCUCCAUGCCCUCCACCCAGCACCUCUCCUGCCCUAGCCAGGCCCUGCACAUGUGCUGGUCACCACCAGUGUUCUUCCUAAUACCCUUUUCACUUUAGCUACACCAUCCUGCAGCCUGCUCCUUGUCACUGGGCCAGGAAGCCUCCACCAGGCCAGGAUCCAUGGUCAUCUUGCUGCGGAAGGCUGUGACUUGGCCAUGUCAAGUGUGAGCAGCUGUUUGCUUUGGCAGCUGUGGUAGCAAAUGCUUCUCUAAUGGCCCUGGUGAAGACAAGUUGAACCAGAGAAUGGAUGACCAACCACCCAGUGUGCCUUUUGACCAGGGCCUCUGCCCUUCUCCUGCAGGGCCAGGCCUCAAGCCUCCUGUGACAGAGCUGGCAAGUAGCCAGCCCACCUGUGCGUGGACUCGGGAGUAAAGCCGUUCUGUGGGAGAGGACAGCAGGCACCAGUAGCACUGGAGCUGGGACAGAAAGGAGGAACCCAAGGCUCUGAGGGAAAGCCAGGAAAAUGUGGGGAAAGCUUGGGUGGCAAGCCUGGUUGCGGGCUGCUGCGGAGGGGAGAGGGCCUGGGCUGUGUGGGCCUAAACUUUCCUGUCUUUGAUGUUGUCCCUGUCCCUUUGUCCUGUCGAAGGCCCAGCCUCUCCUGCUGGAGUUUCUGGGUAGCCAUGGCCCCUUAGGUUCUGGAGGGGUGUCUGCACCUGUGUCCUCUAAGCCCUGCCUUCUCCAAGGUGAACAGCUAGAGAGCUGCUCUGAGAUAGACCAGCUUCGUCUGAAUAUGCUUUCCCAAGUGCCUCUGAGAAGUGCCACCUGGGCACUGAGGCUGAGGCAGGAGAACUGA